CCUCCAGAUUGGCCAACCUCACUGAGCCCCUCCCAGGAGAAAAUCUUAAAAUCUCAGGGAAUUGGACCUUAGAGGACCAUUACAAGGAGUGACGGUGCUGGAAGGCAAGAGAACAUGGACAAAAUGAUGAUGAAUUGUCUGCUGGGCCUUGUGUGCUUGACCUUUUGUCUUCAUUUCACCCAGGCACAAACUCUUUCAUCAUAUGCCAGAACAUGCGGUGACUGUAACACGACCUCAAGGGCCACCUGUGAACAAAGUCAAGGUGUCGCGAUUUGUACCUGCAAAUCUGGAUAUGUCGGGGAUGGUCUGAACUGUACAGCAAUGGUGUUCUGUGACACUGCAAAGUGUUGUCCCAAAGGCUACACCUGGGAUGUGAAAAAGAAGCAAUGCGCGGACAUUAACGAGUGUAAUGAUGAUACUCUGAACCAGUGUUCUCCAACAGAUAUCUGCUACAACAGGAAUGGCAUCUACCUAUGUGCUGCGAACAGGAACGCUGCCUGUGGAAAAUCGGGCAAGUGUAGCGAUGACAUGGACUGUCUGGAAGUAAACGGCGACGCUCAAUGUGCUGAUCCUUGCUACAACUACAAAACCAUAAAUGGAACAGGCCGAUUGUACAACCUCGCCUCCCCUGGAAGAUUUGAGACAGACCGCAACUACUUUGGAUGGUUCCGAUAUGUCGGCAAGGGGGUCAGCCUGAGAGAAGGGUGUGUGGGUGCCCUGAAGUGUGGCUCCAUGCAGCCAUUCACUCUUGCAGGAAAGCACCCAAGCUUCGGCGAUGGGAUAGUCAUGGAGCCUCUGCUCAGUAACAGCAUUUCGCUUGGAUGUGUCCCAGGGCCGAGUAUUCCGGUGAAAGCCUGCUCGGGGGGAUAUUGGGUGUACAAGUACUCGGGAUCCCUGCGAUUUGAUGUCUACUGCACAGAUACGGUAGCCCUUGCCCCAGCUAUAACUACCACCCCAACUACAACUACUACAACCCCAACCACAACUACUACAACUACUCCGACUACUACCCCGACUACAACUACAACUACUACAACUAUUCCGACUACAACCCCAACUACAACUACUCCCACUACAACCCCAACUACUACAACUACAACCCCAACUACAACUACUCCAACUACAACUACUCCAACUACAACCCCAACUACAACUACUCCAACUACAACCCCAACUACUACUACUCCAACUACAACCCCAACUACAACUACUCCAACUACAACCCCAACUACAACUACUCCAACUACAACCCCAACUACAACUACUCCAACUACAACUACUCCAACUACAACUACUCCAACUACAACCCCAACUACAACUACUCCAACUACAACCCCAACUACAACUACUCCAACUACAACUACUCCAACGACAACCCCAACUACUACUACUCCAACUACAACUACUCCCACUACAACCCCAACUACAACUACUCCGACUACAACCCCAACUACAACCACUCCAACUACAACCCCAACUACAACUACUCCCACUACAACCACAACUACUACGACUGAUGCCAUGGAAGGUUCAGGAUCGGAUGGCUUUAUAGGUGACAGUAUUCCUCGCCCAAGAGUACGUCGUGCUUUGUAUACAAGGUUACCCACAACUACAACUGCCACAACCACCUCCACAACAACCUCCACCCCUUCAACAACUCUGAGCACCCCCGCUCGUGAGUUGCUUGAGGUUCUUGGACACCUUAAAGCCUUGGCUGACAGUAUGUCAAAGACACUUUCCGAAUCCGAUCGUAAAUGGAUUAAUAACAAGGUGUCCCAAAUAACUCAGCAAAUAAACGAGCAGGACCCCGCUACCAUUAAUGCUGCUCUCAAUAACUUCUCCAUUUGUGUCAGUACAUUAGGGAAUCAUGAGAAAGAUAAACAGAGCAUCAUGUCCUGA